UCUCAAUUUUUUGUUCUUUCUGUUGAUUGUUUAACAUUUUUCUUUCUUUUCUUUCUUUUUACAUUUUCUAAAUUGUUUAUUAAUCUCCAAUCGAAUUAAAUAUUUUCCUCGUUAAUCGUUAAUCUUCUAAUCUCAUCCGAAGUUAAAUGAGUGACAAUUUGUUUCAUUUUCCUUCAAUUUCUAAAUCACAAACAAAAGAAUAAAAAAUCGCCCCAUGUAUGUGUGACAAUCAUGAAUUUCCUGAAUGUGCCUGACAGUUAAUUGUUAUCUCCUGUUGUAAAAAUCUAUUCGUCAUUGGUAUUUAUAUUCACUGAAUCAUCAGAAGAAGAAGAUAAUAACAACGUUUCUAUAAAGGAAAAAAAAAUAUUUUCGACUCCAUGACAACGUUUCACUUUGAAGGAAUGUCAAUUUAGAAAAUGGAAUUAUAAUAUUUUAUAGAAUUGAUAGAUUGGAGCUGAAACACUAUUACUAUUACAUCAUCUAUCAAUCUAUUUAUUUAACAGAACAAAAAUUUACUGGUAAUUACGAUCAUCUAUUGGUUAAUAUAAAACAAUUGGCUUUAAUUUACAUUUGAAAUUCAUUAUGAGCUGGGACAAGAUUACUUUCAUCUGUCGUGAUGGUUGUAUAACUGGUAAUCGUUUCAUUCUUACCAAUUAUUCACGUUUACUUGGUGAAGCUCUGGAUUCUUAUCGAUCAAAAGUUUCAAUAUCCAGUAAUCAUAAACCCGCUGUUCAUUUGAAAAACAAUUCAACCCGUGACCUAAGGUGCCUUUUCCAUGUGCUUUAUUCAUUAACUUAUGCUGAAGUUAGUAAUCCAAGAUUAACUGGACUUCAAAAUGUUGCCCGUUUAUUGGAUGUUGAAUUAACGUUAAGAAAUGGACGAAAUGGUUUUAUUAGAGUUAUGGCUUCACCUGUGCCUUAUCGUGAUCCACUCAACGGCGGUGUCGGUGCUAUUGGUGUAAUAUCAUCAGCUGCUGCUAUAGCCGCUACUUCAGCUGUUUCCAGACCACCUUCUCCCCUUUCUCCUCCCUUAAACAGUAGCAAUAGCAGUAAAAAUGGUAACAAAAACACCAAUAACAAUAAUAAUGAUCGAAAUGAUAACAACAAUAACCUAAGAAAUGCUGGAAAUAAAAAUGGCCCUGUUAUUAUAAUCAACAGUAAAUCGGUGAUUGUCAAACCUGGUGAAAAAAAUGUAACAUCAAGAGAUCCGAGGUCUGAUGCAAACAAGAAACGUCGAGUUGAUCAAGCAUCUCAGAAAAAUUCAUCAAUCGCCAAUGAUGGUACUCAAACUGAUCCCGAAAUUGAAUUGGAUUUUUCCGUUGACGAUGAGAUGGAUGAAAAACCUUUAAUAAGUGACAAUCGGCGUUACAGUGUUGAUCUAAAUGAUAAUGAGAUGGAUCUAGAUGGAUAUGGGUCUUCAUUUGCUGAAAAUAAUCCCGAUUUUCAUCAUAAUAGUAUUUCCCAUCAUGAUAUCAAUUAUAAUGAUGUUUCCUAUGAAAUGUGUCCUUCCAAGUUACGUAAAAAUGGACCCGGUGCAGGACUUUAUAGUACCAAAAAAUAUUACACAAAAACGGCAAACAAAGAUGAAUAUACGUGCAAUCUUUGUCACUAUAUUGCUAAUUGUUGGACAUCAAUUAAAGCUCAUAUUGAGACGCAACACUAUCAUCUUGAAUUCCGUUGUAAACGUUGCUCUUACGUUUCCGUUUGGAGAGCAGAUAUUGUUAAACAUAUUCGAAAUUUUCACAAAUCUCGAUCAAGUUCUGAAGACACUUAUAUUACUCGACAAAGAAAAGAGUUUUCCGGCGAAGCUGAUAUAAAUCCUCAGCCUUCUAACGAUUCAGAGAGAUCAAUGGAAAUUAUCAAUCCAUUAAAUGGAAACGAUAUUAAAAUUGAGCAACCCGAUGAAGAGGAUAUACCAUCAGUUUUACAACAAGAUCUCAUGGAAGAAGAUGAGGAUGAGCUUGAAGAAGAUGAAGAUUUAAGAGAACCAUUAAUUGAAGGAAACAAUAGUCUAUCUUCUAGCCCAGUUAAGCCUUUCGAGAGAUUAUCAUCUCGAAUCCCUGAUAUAAACAAAGAUUGUUACGAAGUUGUAAGAGUGGGUAACAAGAAAGUCUACAAAUGUCUCUCUUGUGCCAAAGAGUGUAAAACCUAUUGUGGUAUAAGGGAGCAUCAAUAUUCAACUCACUAUGGGUACAUUUGUAUCUGUAAUCAAUGUGAUGUCAAAUACAGAUCAAGAUCAAACAUGUUCAAGCAUCUCAAUUUAGUUCAUCAAAUAGUGAAAAAUUUUACCCAACAUUUUGGAUAUCUAAUUGAAGAUGGACAUCAGAAAAUACCUGAGAUACCAUUAGACUCAGUUGAUUCUUCAGGUAAAUUCAAGUGUAAAAUUUGUCAGAAUAAUUUCCUGGAUAAGGAGAUUAUGAUUAAUCAUCUUGUCUACAAGCAUCGGAUCAAAAGUGACGUUACCCCAUUUUACGAGGAAAAUGUUGAACCUUCACCAGUAUCUUAAAAGCCGAUUUCGACUGAUCUCUUUCAAUUCUUUGGAAAACUUUCUUUUCUCCAUUUCAUAAACUACUUUCUCUCUUUCACUAUUAUCAUCAUCAUCAUCAUCACAAUCAUCAUUGACUUCUAAUCAUCUCAAUCAACUUCAUCAGAAAACUUAAGGCCUGAUGACAUAUAAGAACAAACAAUUGCGCUUAAGACCAAAAUAUCCGUCGAAAUCUAAGAAUUUUUUUUAUUCAUAAUUCAUAAUUCAUAUUUCUUUUUUGUUUUCAUUAACUAUUGAGGUAAUUAGUCAAACGAAAAAGUUUAUAAAACAACACAGUUACAGAAUAUUAAUCUUUAUACCAGAAUUGCCUUGGAACUAAACAAUUAACUUAGAAAUGUAGAACCAAAGAAUAAGUCAAAAUUUUGGUCUCUCUUUCACUUAGAAUGACAAAAAUAGUUUAGAGCAAUAUCUUUAUUUCUUAUUGAUUAUUGUAUAUCAGUUCUUAUAUCUUUUCGUAAUUUCAUCUGCAUGCCUUGACCUUUUCCACUCUUUCAUUUUACCUUUAAUCACGUUCCAUUAAGAUUAUCAACAAAAUCAACUGUGCACUUAAAUCAAAUUCACAACAACGAGACAAUUAAUCUUUUUCAUCUAUUCAACUUUACUAUCAAACAUUUUCUUGUCUAUUUUUCUUCGCCCAAAACCAUCACCUUGACGCCUUUCUUAUCAUUAGUACAUUUUUCCCGUUAAUCCUCGUUUUUUAUUCACCUUAAACAUUAUCUAGAUGAUCGUUAAUCUCAUGAUGUUCACGAUGAUCGAUUUUUUUUUCUUGCGAUUAUACGUUUUCUCAAUCAAAUAACACGUAUCAUCAAUUUCAUCACUAUCACAAUCAUAAAGCAAUGAUUUACCUUUUCCUUCAAAAUAUUACAUCUAUUAACUAUUUUGUACUCAAAGAAUUAAUUAAAUCAACUAUUUAAUAUCUCAUACAAA